AUGUCGCCCGCUCUGGAUACCUUAACAGAGGACCAUGCCGCUGUCUACGAUAGACAGCUCCGCGUUUGGGGCGUGGAGGUGCAGCGCAGGCUUAUGGAGGCAAAGGUGCUGAUAAUCGGACUUGGAGGCCUAGCUGCGGAGGUCGCCAAGAACAUCGUGCUGGCCGGUGUGGGCACGGUGGCCCUGGUGGAUGAUACACCCGCCUCCGCCGCUGCACCUGGCAAUUUCCUCGUAGAGCCGUGUACCGCAUCAGCAUCAGCAUCAGCAUCAGCAGAAAACAGCAGGAGCGUUGCGGAGGUCAGUGCGGCCACACUUCAGGCCAUGAAUCCGCUGGUUUCGGUGCGAGUGGAGCCGGGACCGCCCAGUGCAGCGGCGCUGCUGGCGGCGACUGGCGCCCCAGCGCCGGACGAUAAUGAUCUGGCGCCGCCGCGGCCGGAGAGCUCCAUGGCGGCGCAGGCGGAGGCGGAGGCGCUGCGGUCAUUGGUGUCGCGGUACGACACGGUGGUUUCGUGCGGUCUGGCGUUACGGGAGGUGGCGGCGCUGGACGAGCUGUGUCGACUGUACGGCAAGCAGCUGUUUGCUGGGUCAGUGCGCGGCGCCAGCAGUUUUGUGUUUGCGGAUCUGGGUCCGAAACACACGUAUACGGUCAAGGGCGAAAUUGGCGAAAAAGUGGUUGAGUACGGCACUUUCCAAGAUGCCAUGAAGGCCGAUCUGUCAACUGUCAACAAACGCACCCACCCGCUGUAUCUGGUGGUCAGAGGCGAGUCAAAAUUACCGGGAGCGGUACUGUUGGGGGCAGUGCGGGUGUGCAUGUCCUGUUGGGAGUUUGAAAAGGAGCACAGCCGACCCGCCGCUGGUCUCGGGGAUGCGGCGGCAGUGCAGGCCAUUGCGCAGCGCCUGGCGGAGGCAGCUGCCGCCGCCAAGGCCGGCGCCGGUGCCGGCGCCGCCGCGGCCACGGCGGCGCUUCCAGAGGGCCUUGUGGAGGGCUUUGUGCUGGAUGGCGGCAGGGGGAGAGAGGGGGCAGUCGCACCGGGCGCCGCCGUGGAGGCGAUGGAGGCGGAGGCGGAGGCGACGCCGCUGGGGGAGCUGGCGCCUGUGUGUGCUGUGGUCGGGGGCGUGAUGGCGAACAACUUGCUGCGUGCGGUUUCGCAAGUCAAUCCCCCGCUCCGGAACCUGUUCUUCUACAGCUUCUUUGUGCGUGACGGCCUGGGCGUCGAAGAGUAUUUUUAA